CGCCGGGACCCGGGGUGGGGGGAGACAGACCGGGUCCCGGAGGGGUGGUGGGGGGACACACCGGGUGCCGGACCCAGUUUCUGCGCCGCCUCCCGCUCACCCACAGCGGGUUUUUUUCUGGGGUUUUGCAGAUUCUAUUCCCAGCCGCGUCUGACACAGUUUCCGCCACAAUCACGUGGAUUCCCGGCGAGCGGGGCCGCUCUUUACCAGAAGUGGUUGGUCGGCCUUUAGAAAACUGAGAUGAGCCGCGGGGAGAGGGAGAGGGAGCGGCGGGGAUGGCGCAGGACUCGGACAGCAGUGACUCGGGCUACAGCCGCUACCAGCCGGCGUCCGGCAAACAGGAAAACGAGGAGACAAAGAAAGUGAUGAGGCGGGAGAAGAAUCGUCUGGCAGCCCAGAAGAGCCGUCAGAGACAGACACAGAAAGCAGACACACUGCACCAGGAGAGCGAACAUUUGGAGAGGGAGAAUGUGGCUCUGAGGAAGGAGAUUGCACUGCUGAACGAGGAGCUGAAGUACUUCAGCUCGGUGCUGAAGACCCACGAGAGCCUGUGCCCAGCACUGAGCUCACCGAGCGAAGAGAUGGCUUACCCCACACACAGCCUGCCUCAGGCCCACAGCAACACACCAGCACGGCUUCACCUCUGAGGCAGGACUCUGACAAGCAGCGGGGGUCUCGCCCUGCCCACCCUCCUGCUCCCAGCUCCAGAACUCUUCAGCAGCCUGUCAAUCCUCACCCGUGGUACAGUCGUCAGCACCAGAUCACCCCACAGAUGGAGCAACAGUGUGGGGCUAUGCGGGAGCAGCCCCGAUCCACAGACUGAUGGUGCCUCACUGCCCUGCGGAGGAGCAGGGGCACUGCCUGCUGGUGGUCCCACUGUUUGGGCCCCCAGCUCCCAGGACAGCUGCCUGGACCACAACACAACUAUUUAUUGCAAAGCUGGCAUGGGUAACAUGGGAGCUGGGUGUGUCAGGAUGAGUACAGGAGCCGUGCCGUGUAUCCCAGGAGCCAUCCGCCGGUAACCUCCUGGGACGGACACUGCCUCAGGUCCACUAAUACAAUAUUGCAGAUGCUGGAAAUCUGAAACAAAAGCUGGAAAUACUCAGCAACUCGUUUCAUUUCUCCACCGAGAAUCUCCCACAUUUCCUGUGUUUUUCUUUAAUUGUUCCUCCUGGAAAGCCUGCUGAGUCAGCCCUCGGCAGUCCCAGGACCCUGUGAGUCCCGGCUCGGGCUGUCUCCGCCCCCUCCUGGAGUAGGAGGGAGUGGACUGUAGGUUGGCUUCGGGUGGCUGCUUUGUCCUGGGUGGCACUGAGCUGCCUGGGUACUGGCUCCCCAUGGAGUGCACUGCACCUCACUUCUGAUGUGGAGAUGGGGGAAAACAGCCUCGGGUGCCGGGUUCCCCUCUCCACAAGGUCCUCAGCCCUUUCCCUUACGGGUGCCCCAAAUGACCCUCUCCCUCAACCACCCUUCUGCACCCCCCUCCCCCCCCCCCCUACACACACACCUUCCUGGGCAGUGGCCGACUCUCUUUCCCCCCCCCCCCUCCCCCCCCACCCAGCCAGCAGACCCCGAUACCCCCUCUACCCACCACCGGGGACGGCACUGGUGGGGUAGCCCCAUCUGACAUGCCGAGGAUCCCACCCCUGCCUGUACCUCAGGUGCUGUCCUGUGACAGGGUUGGAGCAGGAGAUGACAGACGGCACACGCUGGGGUCUCAGUCUCACCCCCACAGAUGGGGCAAGCUGGGGUCUCGCCCCCACCCCCACAGAUGGGGCAAGCUGGGGUCUCGCCCCCACCCCCACACACCAGGGUCUCGCCCCCACCCCCACAGAUGGCACACACUGGGGUCUCGCCCCCACCCCAGUACUGGUGCCAUGUGGCAGCUCCAGACUCCACCCCCCAACUGGCCACCCCCCCCCCCCCCCCCCCGAGUGAACAAAUCCCCCCUCGGCUCCUCUCUAAACCUCCUAGACCUUACCUUUGACCCAGGCCCUCUGGACCUGGAUGUCCUAUGAGAAAAGUUUCUCUCUACCCCCCUCAAUGUCGUACACCUUAUCAGCUCCCCCUUAGCCUCCUCUGCUCCACAGCCAGUCUCUCCUCAUAACUGAACCGCUCCGUCCCAGGCGACACCCUGGUGAGUCUCCUCUGCACUCUCUCCAGCGCAGACACAUCCUUCCGAAAGUGUGGUGACCAGGGCCUCACGCAGUUCUCCAGCUGUGGCCUCACCGGUGUUUUGUGCAGUGAAAUUCCAAUAAUUAGUGAUUGACCAUUUGGAAGCCCUGCUGGUUUGGUACCUGGCUCACCAGGUGAUGUUUGCCCCAUUACUGUCGCAGGCUGGGCUCCCAGUUCCCACACUCCCUGCCUACUCAGCAUGUCCCCUCCCUUGGAACUCACCUGGUCCUGUUGAUGUGCUCCCCUGAAACCCACUGCGUUCAGUGAAAUAUUACUGUGUAAAGUAUUUAAAAACUGAAUUAAAACUGUGUUGGCUUUUAUUAGUUAACCACGAUCUGGCCCAGAUGUGCUGGCCUGGAGCUUGCAAAGCCCCGAGAGUGCUGCAUUCACCCAGUGGACUGGUUGGAGCAGAACCUCCUGCUCUUGGUCCGGGGCCCAGAAGCUGCCUUCUAUGAGCUCUGCUGCCACCUCCAGGGAUCCUUGGAUGGUGCAGCAAGUCAUCUCUCCCUCAGACCUGUCCCACCGUCCCCUUUCUGUGUCCCGGCCUCAGGGCUCACAUCUCAUCCCUCAGGAAUUCCAUCAGCCAUUGCCAGAUAGCUGCAGGAGGAGCUGGCAUGGAUUCAAUGGGCCAAACGGCUUCUUCCUGCGAUGGUGUUCCUUUGAUUCCACAUCCUACCAGGGAGUGAUCCGGCCACUUCUAUCACAGGAGCUCAGAAAUUAUACCCAGGGAGGGAGGAGGCCUUUCUGACCAUCAUGUCCCUACUAGUCCACAAGUACUUUAGUUCCUUGUACUUUCCCACAUGUGGCCUCAAGGGCUCGCACACGACGAUGAUAGUUUCUGCUUCUCAGAGUUCCCCGUGUCCUCCACUCGUAGAGUGAACUCCCUUCCAAUUGUUCCACCAGCAGCUUCACCCCCUGCCCCCAACCCCUGCCACCCCCAGCACCACCCAACCCCCGCCCCUGCACUUGCUCUCCACACCCGUUACAUUGCCAUUUAAUCUCCCACAGUCCCCAAUGCGCUGCAGAAAGUAACCCAAGUCUGGGCGGUGUCAUCAGAACCAGAACUCUGCAGCCCCGGCACCAUCCAGUGACCCCACCCUGCACCCUCCCCACUGCUCUGGGCUGCACCUGAGCCCAGUCUAACGGCCCAGCCAGUGUUGAGACAAGAUGCACGGGGAGCGUGUUGGGAAUGUCCAUCACCUCGCACAGGGCCAGGAACCAACCAUCACCAUUCCCAUUUCAGAGUUGCAGCAUCUGCAGUAUUUUAUUUUCUGCUCAGAGAGUGACCCAGUGCAAGUGCUUGCCCACUUGUCCUGGUGAACAAAUCACCGCAUCGACCUCUGCUGCCGCCUUCAGGAAUCUGUUCUGCACCUGCCUCUCUCCGACACCAUCCUGGACUUCACACCGGGCUGUGCUCUCUGGGUACAGCUCUCACUGCCCAGCACGUGUGCAUGGUGUAGAGUACAGGACAUGCCCUGCCGCCCGGGUUAACAUAUGUCCGGGAGAAUCAUCGACAGGGCGAAGCAAUCUGACUGUAGUCCAGAGUGGGGCAGGGGCUCAGCCCCACUCUGUCCCACAAGCAGUAUGACUCAGGGACGAACCGGUCUUCAGUUUACUUUUGAUAAUAAAAUCCUAA